AUAAAAUACUCCUCUGGUGCUCUUCCGUCACUACCCAUAACCACCUCCUCUCAACAUGGCAAAACCCCUACUCCUACGAUACCCCAUCAUCUUCACCAUCUAUACCCUCUUCAUCACCCACCAAUCCACCGCCGCCAGACUCUCCAUCGGCAUCAACUACGGCACCGUGGCCGACAACCUCCCGCCGCCGUCCCAAGUCGCCAACUUCAUCCAAUCCCAAACCGCCAUCGACAAAGUAAAAAUCUUCGACGCCAACCCCGACAUCCUCCGCGCCUUUGCCGACUCCAACGUGUCGAUCACCGUUGCGGUGGCCAAUGCCGAUAUCCCUGCCGUGGCGAAACUCCCCGCCGCCCAAUCCUGGGUGGCUAACAAUAUACUUCCGUUCUUCCCACAAAGCAGAAUCCGGCGCAUUGCUGUUGGGAACGAAGUGAUUGCUACCUCCGAUAAAACAUUAAUUGCGCAUCUUCUCCCCGCCAUGAAGUGCCUUCACUCCGCCCUUAAUGGCGCAGGAAUCACGAAUAUUGAAGUCUCUUCGCCGCACUCUAUGGGUAUCCUAUCAACCUCAGACCCUCCUAGUUCGGGUCGGUUCCGUCGGGGCUACAACCAGGCCAUAUUCGCCCCGAUUCUGGACUUCCAUCGCCAAACCAAGACACCCUUCAUGGUUUCCCCAUACCCGUUUUUCGGGUUCACAGAUAAAACCCUAAACUACGCUCUGUUCAAUCCAAACGGUGGCGUUUUCGACGAAACCACAGGGUUAAACUACACCAACAUGUUUGAUGCCCAAUUAGACGCGGUCUACUCAGCAAUGAAGAGGCUUGGAUACGAUGACGUGGACAUUGUGGUGGCCGAAACCGGGUGGCCUUCGGCAGGCGACCCAGAUCAGCCGGGCAUAAGUGUGGAUAAAGCGGCGUCGUAUAAUGGGAACCUAAUCAGGCACGUGAACUCUGGAAAAGGCACGCCGUUGAUGCCCAACAGAACUUUUGAGACGUACGUGUUCUCCUUGUUCAAUGAGGACCUCAAGCCGUCGAAUUCGGAGCGGAAUUUCGGGUUGUUUCGACCCGACUUGUCUCCGGUUUACGACGCGGGUAUUCUUCGUAAUGGACAGAGCAUUGCUCCCACGCCAGCAAGUCCAACGGCUCCAUCCCCGCCCAAUUCGGGCAACAAGUGGUGCGUACCGAAGCAAGACGCGAGCGACGAAGCAUUGCAGGCCAACAUAGACUUCGUCUGCGACUCAGGGGUGGACUGCACCCCGAUACAGAACAACGGGCCCUGCUUCGAACCAGACACAGUACGGUCGCAUGCUUCAUUCGCCAUGAACGCUUACUUCCAGGCCAAUGGUCGCAACGAUUACGACUGUGACUUCACCAACACGGGUGUUAUCACCAUGGUUGACCCCAGUUACAAGGAAUGUAAAUUCUUGGACUGAAAGGAAAGAGAGAGGGAAGACUGAAGAGGGUAUAGAUAGUGGCGCAGAGGCUCAUUGAAAUUUUCCUCCUUUUGCAGCAAUUUUUCCAGCACAGAUAAAUCUAUGCAGUUCUGCCUAGCUAUUCGGGUUUAUAACCUUAUAACUGUGAAUUAGUUGGGCUAUGGAGGUAAUGUCGUAGUGAUUCGGGUUUGAGAGCGAGUGCCUAGCUAUGUGCAUAAUUCGUUAAUAAGGAUUUUAUUUCAAUGAAUUUUGGACCAG